GGUCAUAGUGACAGCGGUGGAGUCGCUGGCGGCCGAGGUCGGGGAUGCAGGGCGAGCCACUACAGGCCAUAAGUAAAGGCCGGGCGGCAGCCAAGCCUCCACAAGCCCACCCCUAGCCAACCCCUCUGCUGCCUCCCAGGACUCCACCGGGGGCGGGGAUGCGCACUCACCGGCAGGCAGCGGAGGGCAGCCGCCUUCCCGCAGCGCUGUCUCCAGAGCUCAGGCCCCCGCUGCUGCCGCAGCCACCGCGCCAGAUCCAUCCCCCAAGCCCUCCCGGCCCUGCCCCCGCCGCCUCAGCCGCCGCCGCGCCUCCGCCAGGCGCGAGGAACGGGAGCGAGAGCGCGCGCGCCCCCGCCGCCCACAGCCUCCACCUCCGCCGAUGGCGCAUGCGCGAGGUGGUGCGUCGGGGCGUGCGUACGCCGCCGGGGGUGGGGAUAGGCCACGGCCAUAUGGCCACACCCACCCGCGCAAGCGCCAAACAAGCCGCGGGAGGACCUGGGAAGCUGCACUGGCAGCCUGAACUUCGACAGCGGUAAUAGUGCGCUAGAAAGAAGGGCGGCCGAGGCUGUGCUGGCGUGCCGGUCGCGGUCUAAGAGAUGUCAGCCAUUGACGCCCGUGUUCCGCUUCCCGAGUUCAUGUCUUCGCUCUUGGGGACGCCGAGUGGCAACCGAACUCUUAGCUUUCUGAGGUUUGAGAGAGCUUUGGUCCUGGAGGUUUCUCUCUGGGCAGGUAAGGAGAUUGCAGAUGCUUAUCAUCUAUGUGAGGCUGAGCCUGUGACCAUGUGCUUCAGUGUGGCUAAGCACAUCUAGCUAAUUCCUUUAUAGUUUAGAAAAUAUUCCAAGAUAGCUUGCUCUUCUCCUCACCCGAGCUAUCACACACACUCAACCAAAAGAAAAGAUUCCACAGGCAGCCAGCUUUGCACUCUUCCUGCUGUUUCCUAGUGCUCAAACUGGGGUGUUCACAUCUUGGAAGAGGUGCGUUAGCGCUUUGAGCUGGCCUGGGGCCUAUGUGACAUGGAGCAAAAGGUGCAGUCACUGCAAGCCACAUUUAAGAUGUUGAAGUUCAUCUUGAGAAGUCCCAGCACAAAUAGAACCUCAGAGAAAGCUGGGAAAUGGGAGGUUAGCUGAUUUGCUGAUGUCCUGAAGAAAUUUCAGGAGAUUAAGGGCCUCUGAUACUUUAUCCACAUGGUGAAGGACACUGGUGAGGACAACUUCAUGUCCCUAGAGCACAUUGUAGAAGAGAGGCUGACAGAACUCACCAACAACAACAUCACCAUCCACAACAAUGUCACCAUCUUUGCUGACCUGCAGAAGCAGAGCUAGGACAAGAUCAACGAUGUCAGAGCAAAGACGGCUGUGCUGGAGGAAUCUGGCAGGGGACAGGCAGGACAUGAAGACCACAGUGCAGAAAUUGCAGAACUUAGCCAAGUUCCAGAGCAGUGGGGACCUGAUGGUCCUUUGACCUUCCCUGCAGGCUAUGGCAACAAAGGUCUCCAGCAAGGUGUGGGAACUGGUGAGGCUAAAGCGGAACCGGCAGAUCUUCAAGGAGGCAGCAAGGCUGAGCAUCUCACCCUGCAGGCCCUUACUGAAAAGCUGCAAUGCUCAGAGGAGGCUAUCCUGCACCUCUCAAAUAAAGUCAGGAGGCUGCAGGAGUAGUUGUACCAGCACAGGGUCAAAGCUCCCAUGCUGUAAAGGUACAGAGUUCUAGACACACACACUGGACAUGCUGAGGCCUCUAUACACCUGGCUGAGAACCUAAUGUCCAAGAAACAGGUACACAAGUAGCACUUGGCCACAUUGCAGAACAAGGGUUCCAAAGUGGACAGGGACACCCUGACCAGCACAGUACAGAACCUGAAAGAGGCACAGCUGGUUGCUGUAUGGCAACAUGGAGGAGCUAAAGAGCAAACACAAGUAGGUGCACAUACUUCAGGGAGGACCCAGCUACCAGCUGCCCCCAACCUGCUGACAGGCUGUCACUGGACAGAUUUGAGGCAACAGGAAACCAGGUGGAGUUGGACUUCAAGAUGCUCAGAGCUACCAUGGACAGUUUUUCCUAGCAGUUGAUCAAAAUUGAAAGAAUUGAGCACAACCUGGACUCUGCCAAGGGUUUGCUAGUUGACCUGAGGAGGGACCUGGACAGGUUGUUUCUAUAAGUUGAAAAGAUUUAUGAAAAGACCUAAGUGAAUUGCAUAUGCAGGAAGCAGAUUUACAGUCCAGUUUCUCAGACCAAAAAAUGUGUUUCCUCCCACAUGUGGGCCCCAACUUAUUGUCCCUAUGAAAAGGAGCAGUUGCCAAGCUUUGCAGUUUUGUGUGUUUAUUCACAGUGAUUGCCGCACACUGAAGUUAGAGUCCUGAAGUGUAUGAUGUCAGUGGCUGCAACCAAGGAUGAACAGAAACAGAUUACCCCAACCCAGAAACCCCAUCUGGCUAACAGAUUUCAAGUAAAAACAAAAAAAAUUUAAAUGGGGGACUUUUUUUCUAAUUGUCUCUUUUACAGGGAUAUUAAGACAGGUGUGUAGUUCAGGCUGGACUUGAACUAGUGAUCCUCUUCAGCUUCCUGAGUGCUGGGAUCACAGGUGUGCACACCACCAUACAUAGCCUUUUCUCGUUGUCUUUAAGGAAAAUUUUCACUUUUUUUUCAUACUUCUGGCCAAUGUUUUUGUGACUUUUCUUAUGCUCCUUGUCUUCCUCUCCUCUCCAUUUUUAACAGAUCAGCUACUUGAGGUCACCUGCUUGAAGGCCACCUGGUAGCUUGAGUGUGUUUCCCAUUCUCAAAUCCUCUGAUGACAUCAAAAGUAACUGCUAAGCUGGGCAUGGUGGUGCAUGCCUGUAAUCCCAGCAUUUUUGAACCUGAAGCAGGAGGAUUACUGCAAAUUUAAGACCAACCUGGGCUACACAGUGAGUUCAAGACCAUCUUGAACUAGCAAAAACUGUCUCAAAAAGAUCACAAAAAAAAAGUAUGCGAGAAGCUGGAAUGUGGCAGUACAAUGCCCAGAGAGUCCCUUGUACCCUUCUGUCCCUGGCUGACCUUGGGGUCCACCAAAUACUGCAUAGGUGUAGAAUCCCAGGAAGAAGAAUGGGUUCUUCAAGAAAUGAUUAUGAAUGCUGUCCAUAGAGUGAUGGUGUCUUCUCCAGACAAGGGGACCAAAUUGUCUUUUUAUUUUAAUUGCAGAGGUCUGUGCCAAAAGCAGACCCUUCUGUCAGGGUGGGACAUACCUUGUGUUUCUGUACCUGUCUCCUGGACCCUCUUCUGUUUAAGCUGUAUUUUUCUUUAAUGGUUGUCUUGCCCUUCCAGGAAAAAAAAACUGAAAAGGAAAAGAAAAAAAUAAAAUUUUGUUUAGUUUACUGUGAAA